GCCGUGACAAAGAAACAGUUCCAGGCUGCUGCAACUGUCACAGGUCCGGGCUGCAGCGACUGUCAUAGGGUCGGGCUGUAAAAGUUGGCUAGAAUACCUAACUGCGUCUUCUGGCGGUCCAAUGGAACCCGACACGAUGGGGCUACAACCGACCACGGGUGAAGCGGGAGAGGAGUACAGGACAUUGCCCGAUCGAGCUCUAAGGGAUCUAAAGGAACGAAUUAGGCGAGAAGCACCGCUGAGAUGGGCUGACCAAACCAAUGACGGAGGGCCCGACGUAAGGGGCGAACCAGUUGUGACAGAGCCGCAGGAGGCUCUAAAGACGGGUACCUCGAGCGGACGACGAGAAGCGACGAGGCGACGCUCCCCCGAGUACGAGCGGAGGGACACCAUAGCGGACAGGCACAAAGACGACUGGAGAGAGAAUUUGAGGAAUUUAUAUUGGAGGGACAGAGAUAGAGACAGGGCGCCGCCUAGGCGAGUCUUCGACCCCCAGACAGGGGAGUCACAUCCGCUCCCUAACGAGAGCAAGGAUCGCUAUAUUAUUACGCACAAGGCCUCAGAGCCUCCUACCUUCAGGGGCUAUAGUAUCACAAAAUAUCUGGAGAAGUGGGAGUUUCACGCCAGCCGGAGUCAGUGGUCGGAGGAAGAGAUUAUAGAGAACUUCCUAUUUAAUGUGGACCAAAGUCUCGGUAGGGAAGUUAAGGAAGCUCGACCGAAGGAUGGGAAAUGGGYUACGUACAAGAAGAACCUCGUUGAGCUUUACCAAUUGGAGGAUAACAAGUAUUCCAUCAAGGACCUUGAAACAAUGACUCAAGAUGAACAUGAGAGCGUACGGGCAUUUGGGAUGCGUUUCCAGAAGAUCUCCGACGUGCUGAUGAAGAAGGGGAAGAUGUCAAAAGUCGAGCGUUGUACUAUCUUCAUCGGACACUUGUCCAAAGGUAGGCAAAAGAGUAUACUUAGAGAUCUUCCGCGCGACAGGCUUGAUUUCCCAGAAGUCCUAAAGCUCGCGAUAAAGACAGAGGCAGACGAUUACAAGGACUUGGUAUGGAGAGGGAUGAGGAGACGUGACUUCUCUCUCUACAAGGAGUAUGUCACUGAUAGAUGUCCUGAUUUCAAGAACUAUCCCUGGUCGGAGAAGAAUAAGGCUGUGGCUGAGGAAGUGAAGGAGAUACGGGACAUGGUGAAGGGAUUAACGAGAGAGGUUACAAAGAUUGUGACCACUACAGGGGCCACGGCCUACCGGGACAAACUUGAAGCGCCUUAUUCACUUCGCUGGGACCGUAGGAACAACGAUUCUUGGAGGAGUGUCGAGGAUAGAAAUCCUCGGACGCUGACUGAUUAUCACGUGACUCCCGCGGCCGAUGGGAGACAGAUCAGGGCUGACGAGAUGGAUAUAGGGACGACAGAGAGGUCGGGUCGAGAUGGCUACAGAGGUGGUAGGUAUGAAAGAGGAGAUCGGGACUGGAAACGACGAGAUGGGUCGCGCGGACGGUUUGAGCGCGGGGGAGAUGCGAGAGAGCAGCGCGACGAGUCGCGCAGGUGGUACAACCGAGGGGACCGACGCGAUGAGUCACGUGGGCGAUAUGACUCGGGGGACCGCCGGAAUGAUUCGCGAGGGCGGUAUGAGCAAGGAGGGUCUGGAGGAGACCGCCGCAACGAUUCGCGCGGUCGGAAUGAGAGAGGGGGAUAUGGCAUCUCAUCAGAACCAUAUCCCAAGUCGCCUGACCCCAAGGCAGCCAGGAGUUCGAUCUCUAGAAGCGCAAACGACAGGCCAUCUACUCCCAGGAACUCAUGCGUCUACUGUAGAGGAGAAGAUCAUAUCAAGAGGGAUUGCCCGGACCUCAAACGGGCAAUAGAUGAGGGACUUGUCGUGUUUGACGAYCGCAAGUACGUCAAGUGGGCAGAUGGUCUGGGAGAUGCAUCGAUGUUCCCUUCGAUGAAGGAGAAUGUCGAAGCAAGGAGAGUAAAGCCGAGUAAAGAAAAGGAGCCGAUCAAGAGCCAGAGCAUCAAGAUAACCUUUGAGGGGGAUAUGGCGACCACACCCAUAAGGGUGGCAGACUGGCAGCCACCAAGUCGGCGAGAGGGUCUACAUCGAAGAAGACUGAUACGGAUUACGUGAUGGCGGAGAAGGACGGACAGCGGGUCGAUGGAGAGGAGGUUAUCCUUUCGCCGCGAAAGAGGGGAGUGAAGAAGUUCUUAAUGAAGAGUUCGCUGGACG